AUGAAAAUCUUCUCUCUCAUCUCCUCCUUCGUCGUCGGCACAUCCGCCCAGGAAGAGCGAAAAGUCCCCCCGCGAACUCCUCCACAGCGAUUGAACACUCUCCGUCGAUUCGCCAGCGAAUGGGUUCAGAUGGAAAUCGGCCAAACCGUCAACCGUCCCAACCGCGCUUCAACCAUGACAGCCGCCGGCAUCACUCGAAUCUUCGACACCAUCACCGAGGCCUACGAAAAGUGCGGCUUCUUCGACCCGACUCUUCCUCACGGCGGCCCUCGACCAGUCACCGAGCGACGAAAACGAUCCAGCGACGAGAAAUUCUUCGCUGCCGAGCGAAGACGAAUUGCUCGAGAAAUCGCCGACAACAACGAUCUCGACAUUUUCGACAAAAUCUUCGAGGAAGAAUUUGACGAAACCGAACGAGGCUUUGCUUUGGCAAGAUUGUCAGCAGAGCCGAAUUUGGCUUGGAAACAAAUUGGAACUGGCUUCAGAAAGUGGAUUCUCCGAUACCUUGCUGAAUGCUAUGGAGAGGUCACCUACAACAACCACUCCAGCCGUCUCGAAAAGAUCCACGGGCGAAUCAAAGACGCCUACACCGGCCUCUUCGACGAGCAAAAUCCUGAUGAGACCCUCUAA